UUCAUCAACUUAAAUUUAGGUGCCAAAGAGCGGGGGAGGGGGGCGGGGUUCCAAUUGAUUGUGUUCAGGGUAGCCCGAGGCCAUUUUUUAAUUUUUAUAUGCCAUAUUUCCAGAAUCUUUCCUCUUCACCCCAAUCCCCUCUAGAUCGUCGGGAUUUUCUAUUUCUAUUUCAUAUUUUGAAAGUGGGUCGAAAUGUGGUAGUUAUACAUCGAAUACCUUAAUUUAAUAUGACUGAAAUAAUAUGAAAAAGAAAAUAUUCCAAUCAUAGACGUGAAUCAGAGGAACAUAAAUAAUGGAUUACAUCCUGUUAAAGACGUAGUUAUAUCUUCAGAGAUUUCCGGUCGUGUGCUUCGUGAUCUAAUAUUCAGAACAGUUCAAAGACGUUUAUUCUAGAGAACUUCCUAAUAUAUAUUAUUAAUUUCGUCAAUGGCUAUGUGAAAAAAAUGUACAUUUUUGGAUGUUAAAACAUAACUGGCUGUCAGUGUUCACUAUAGAGUGUAUAUUUAGCAAGGCAAAGACAAUGUAGUUUACAUAUGUUCUUAAUAUUAAGAACAAACACAGAAUGGCGGGCCUUUUAAUAAGUAAAUCUCUGGAAAAAGGAACAUUUACACUAGUACUGCUUUGUGUGAUAUCAUCUUACAAGGGAGUGACAUCUGCGGUUGUUCCCGGUGAGAGGUAUCGUGGUCCCGUUGUCCGGGUUGUGGGAAUCAUUGGACAACAGCAGUGUGUCCGGGAAUGUAGACACAGACCCAAGCUAUGUCGGGGAGUCAACUACCGGAAACAGGAACUGCUGUGUGAACUCGUGUCGGCCAUCAACAAAACGGAACCAAAACCUGACUAUGUUAGAAUUGAACUCGAUCAGAACGAUGUACCAGACGAGUGCCUGGCGUGCUCUGCUGACGAUCUGUGUGUGACGCUCUCUAGUAAGAAAAUGCACUGUAUUCGAGACAAUGGCAGUCCGACGGAUUGUACAUCCUUACACAACAUCAACUGUGGCCUGCCUAGUGGACUGUACAGAGUGCGCCUGCCAUACAUAGAUCACGUGACAGUUUUCUGUGACAUGGACAAAGAUGGCGGUGGAUGGACAGUGUUUCAACGUCGUCGGGAUGGUUCGGAGGAUUUCUACCAAAACUGGACAGAUUACAAGAACGGAUUUGGAGAUUUGAGCUCUGAGUUUUGGCUUGGUAAUGACAAACUACACCACCUGCUGAGUCAGGGGACGUAUCAGAUGAGGAUGGACAUGGAGGACUUUGACAACCAGACACGUUACGUCAAGUACAGCAGUUUUAACGUAGGAGACGAAUCAACCAAAUACACCGUCACGUUGUCGGGCUUCUCGGGAGAUGUUGAUAACUGUUUCACGAGUACAACUUUAAAUAACCCGAUAAACAAUAUGAAGUUCUCCACAUGGGAUGACGACAAUGACCUUCAGUCAGGUUACAGCUGUGCAUCGUGGAAGUCAGGGUGGUGGCACAAAGGUUGUUCCUGUUCUAACCCGAAUGGUCUCUACCUAAGAGGGGAGACUUCGUUACAAAAUCAGGGGAUCACCUAUGGACCAUGGCGAAAUUUUUGGUAUUCGCUGAAAAAGACACAGCUCAUGGUCAGAAAAGUAAAUUAGGCCAUCGAGACAACUACGUGUGGUUUGAAAGACCGUUAGUAGCCUUCUCAUGUUUCUGCCUAUUUAUUUAUAGAUAGAAUGGACAGAUUUACCCUUUGUGUAUCACAAACGUGAACAGAUAAUGACUAACAAUUUCU